CUUAUUUCAAUAGUAAAGACCUAUAGUAUAACUUACUGCAGAGCGGUCGAUCACACAAACUAGACUAGCUUCAAGAUCUGACAAAAGACAGAAUCCCCUUUCAUACGAUAAUGGGGUUACUAUGCGAUCACGGGCUUGCGCAGGCUGGUACACCUACUUUAUCGCAGAUUACAAAGUCAACUGGGUAUAGCGUGCAUGCUUACGUUCACUCCUGGAUAAUUAACGUUCUUAAUCAGAAAUCUAACAAUAAUAUAGCGCACGCAGCCCUUAAUUACGUAGAGUCUCAUAUCCCGAACCAGGAACAACCUAAGUUCUAGUCCAAGCAACGGCAGCUCCUAGGGCAUGCGGAUCGAUGCUAUGACUUAAUCAGUACCAUGCUUAUAGAAGAUAAAGACCUACGGCCAUUACAAUCACUAGGUUUCCUCUAUACCGAUCAAAAUCGACUUAGCAGGGCUGAAGCUUUGCUUAACCAAGUAAUUCAAGGGCUCGAAAAGACAUUAGGACCAAAGCACGCAUCAACACUUAACGCAGCCAACACUUUGGGACAAGCCCUUCGUUAUCAAGGCCGACUUAACGAAACUGAAGCCAUAUAUAAGAAAAUACUCCAAGAAAGAGAAUUGGUAUUAGGGCCAGAGCAUAUAACAACACUUGAAACAGUCAGCAAUAUGGCAGUGGUCUACAGAGAUCAAGGCCGACUUAAUGAAGCUGAAGCUUUACUUGAACGAGCACUUCAUGGCUCUGAAAAAGUAUUACAACCAGAACAUCCAUCAAUAUUCAGGAUACUUCAUAAUCUGGGGUUUGUUUAUAUUGCCAAACGCCAACUUGAUAAAGCUGAAGUUACAUAUAUACGAGUACUUCAGGGGGAGGAAAAGGUAUUGGGACCGGAGCAUAUAUCAACACUUGACACGGUUAACAAUCUUGGACUUAUCUAUCUUGAUCAACACCAACUUGAUAAAGCUGAAGCUAUGUUUAAGCGUGCACUUCAAGGGAAAGAGAAAGCAUGGGGAUUAGAUCAUACAUCAACCCUUGAAACAGUCCUUAAUUUAGGACUUGUUUAUAAAAAUCAGUUUCAAGCUGAUAAAGCUGAAGCUUUAUUAAACCAAGCACUUCAAGGGUUUGAAAAGGUAUUGGGACCAGAGCAUACAUCAACACUUUCAGCAACCCACAGCCUAGGAAUGUUGUAUAUGGCCCUGUUUCGAUGUACUGAAGCUGAAGCUUUAUUGAAGCAAGCACUUGAAGGGUUUGAGAAGGUAUCAGGACCAGAGCAUACAUUAACACUUGAAGUAGCCAAGCAUCUAGGAGAUAUCUAUAUUGGCCUAGAUCGAUUCGAUGAAGCUGAAGCCACACUUCAGCAAGCACUUCGAGGUUUCAACAAGGCAUUAGGACCAGAGCAUAUAUCAACACUUAUGACCGCCCAGAGCCUAGGAGGUCUCUAUAAGAGCCUGGAUCGAUUUAGUGAAGCUGAAGCUAUGUGUAAGCAAGCACUUCAAGGUUACGAGAAGGCAUUGGGACCAGCGCAUCCAUCAACACUUUUGGCAGCCCAGAGCCUAGGAGAUUUCUAUAUUACACAAGGCCAACUUAGCGAAGCUAAAGAUAUACUUGAGCGGGCGUUUGAGAGCUCCAAGGCAUCGGGACCAGAGAAUCCUAUGGCAUUCGCAAUCGUCAGCGGUCUAGGCCAGCUCUAUACUAAGCAAGGCCGACUUAGCGAAGCUGAAGCUAUGUUUAAUCAAGCACUUCAAGGGUUUGAGAAGGCAUCAGGACCAGAGAAAACUUCAACACUUGAAAUAGUCAAUAACAUGGGCCAUCUCUACACUAAACAAGGCCGAUUCGACGAAGCUGAAGCUAUGCAUGAGCGAGCACUUCAAGGUUUUGAGAAAGCCCUGGGGCCCCGUGCUAUUGAGACACACAUCCCCACGUUGGACUGUCUUGAGUGGUUUGGAGAUGUUUGUUAUAAACAAGGAAAAUUGCAAAACGCCAGGCAAUAUUAUCUUCGUGCACAUCACGGUCUUCGCGCUGUUCUUGGAGCUGAUUGCGAAAGGGUCAGAAGACUAUCGGAAGUAUUAGAGGAGAUUGGACAAUGACUUAUCGCUCUAUCAACUUUAUUAGUUUUGAGCUUAAUGUAUAUCGCGCACUUAGAGCGCUUAGAUUGAAUCAACGAGUAUCUCCCGUU